CACCGUAGCGUAGUGACAACACGGCAAAGCACUUUGGUCGGAAUCCGCCUGUAGCUAAGCUAUUAGCUUGGCCGAUAAGUAGCUCUGCUGUGAGUUUUGGAUGAGGACGCUACGGCUGUGACCAACAUUUGACGACUUGGAAAUUGUCCACCUGUAGAGGAAGAUGAGGCUGAAGGAGAUCCAGAGGACUGCCCACCAGGCGUGGAGUCCUGCCGGGCACCAUCCUAUCUACCUGGCCUUAGGCACAUCAGCACAACAGCUCGAUGCCUCGUUCAACACCACAGCUGCUCUAGAGAUUUUUGAGAUGGAUUUUUCAGACCCCUCAUUGGACAUGGAACUCAAGGGGUCAUUACCCACCUCAAACAGGUUGCACAGUAUAGUAUGGGUGAAUUUUGGAAUGGGAGCAGAUGGAACAGGAGGGAGACUGGUUGGUGGCAGUGAAAAUGGCACAUUAACGGUUUACAACCCAGAGGACAUAAUGACCUCAGGAGCAGAUGCAAUAGUUGGACAGUCUGACAAACACACAGGUCCUGUUCGGGCUCUUGAUUUUAACCCUUUUCAGAAUAACCUCCUUGCAUCAGGAGCAAAUGAUUCAGAGAUAUAUAUCUGGGAUCUCAACAACUUCAGUAGUCCAAUGACACCAGGAGCAAAGACACAGCCUGCUGAAGACAUCAGCGUUGUGUCCUGGAACAGGCAGGUGCAGCACAUCUUGGCCUCUGCCAACCCCAGUGGAAAAGCAGUUGUUUGGGACCUGAGAAAGAAUGAGCCCAUCAUCAAGAUCAGUGACCAUAGCAACAGGAUGCACUGUUCAGGGAUGCUCUGGCAUCCUGAUGUGGCCACUCAGCUGGUGUUGGCCUCUGAAGACGACCGUCUGCCCGUCAUCCAGAUGUGGGAUCUCCGUUUUGCCACAUCACCCCUCAAAGUCCUCGAGAACCACACGAGAGGUAUUCUGUCCAUAUCCUGGAGCCAGGCUGACCCUGAACUCCUCCUCAGUAGCGCUAAAGACAAUCGGAUCCUCUGCUGGAAUCCAAACACUGGAGAGGUAAUUUAUGAGCUUCCAACAACCAACCAGUGGUGUUUCGAUGUCCAAUGGUGCCCAAGGAAUCCAGCUCUGCUUUCAGCAGCUUCAUUUGAUGGUAGAAUCACUGUCUACUCAGUGAUGGGAGGUAGCUUAACGGCUCAACAGCAAAGCACAGUUGAUAAGAUAUCUUCGUCGUUUGAUGCAAUGGAUCCCUUUGGCACAGGCCAGACACUCCCUCCCCUGCAGGUUCCUCAGCCUACAGCUCAGACAACCAUCAUCCCCCCUCUGAAGAAGCCGCCUAAGUGGGUUCGCAGGCCCGUCGGGGCCUCAUUUGCUUUUGGAGGGAAGCUGGUAACCUUUGAGAAUCCCAAGCCGCCUCCAGUUCAGAGCCCGCAGCCCGUCCCCAGACACGUGUUUAUGAGCCAGGUUACCACGGAAACAGAGUUCCUCCAACGCUCCAGGGAGCUGCAGGCGGCGCUGCAGUCUGGUUCCUUCAACAACUACUGCCAGACCAAGAUUCAGACCGCCAAGUCAGAUGCCGAGCAGGACAUAUGGAAGUUUCUUUUGGUUAAUUUUGAGGAUGAAGCCCGCAUUAAAUUCCUCAGGCUUUUGGGAUUCAGCAAAGAUGAAUUGGAGACUAAGAUUUCAAAAUGCUUGGGGAAGAAUUUCCAGCCCAAUGGCCACGGAGUAGAUGCCAAAGAUUUGGCUGAAAAAAUGCUGCAGCUUUCCACUGAGAGAUCUGAUGAUGCGACUGGAGCAGCUGGAACCUCUGGCUCUGUUUCACCGUCAGACUUCUUCAGCCAGACCCCAAAGGACAACGCCAACUUCCAGAUCCCUGUUACAUGUGAUACUGACGGGUUGAUAAGUCAAGCGCUACUGGUCGGUAACUUUGAGGGAGCCGUGGAUCUGUGUCUGAAUGAUGGUCGCUAUGCUGAAGCUAUUCUUCUGGCCAUCAGCGGAGGAGAGGAACUGCUGAAGAAGACUCAGCAGAAAUACCUGAGCAAGCAGAAGAACAACAUUUCAAUGCUUAUAUCAUCAGUGGUUACCCAGAACUGGAAAGACAUUGUGGAGAGCUGUGAGUUGGACAACUGGAAAGAGGCCCUCGCUGCUCUACUUACAUACGCUCACCCUGAAGAUUUUGCCCGUUUGUGCGACACCCUUGGAGGCCGGUUGGAGUGUGAGAGGACAGAAAAGCGCUGCCUGCAGGCCUGUCUGUGUUACAUCUGCUCGGGGAACAUUGAGAAGCUUGUGGAGUGCUGGGCUGUGCAUAGAGACUGCUCAUCCCCUCUUGGUUUAGAGGAUCUUGUCGAGAAAGUAAUGAUGCUGCGUAAGUCAAUUGAGCGCCUUCGUAACAGCGAGGUGGCCGUCCAGAGUCCGAUCCUGGCAGAGAAGCUGACUCGCUAUGCCGGUAUCCUGGCUGCAGAGGGCAGCCUGUCCACUGCCAUGUCCUACCUACCUGAGAACUCAGAGCAGCCUGGGAUUACGAUGCUGAAAGACAGGCUGUUUCACGCUCAGGGAGAGUCUGCUGUUGGACAGCAGCCUCCAAACUCCUACAACCGGCCUAACGUGUCCACCGCUAAACCCACUCCUGCUGCUCAGACACCUGCACCAAAAGCACAAAUUAUGAGUCAGUACCAGCCUCCUGCUCCCUCCCAGGUUGCUCCCCAGCAGCAGCCUCAGGUGCCCUCACUUUUCACUCCACAAGUUGUUCCAGCGAACACUGGGCCCGGUCUGCCGCCUUCCUCUCAUGUGCUGCCGCCCAGUGCACCCCGCCCAACCAUGAGACCCUCCUACCCCCAGCACCCUGCCCCUGCUCCAGGUUUCAUACCGACUGUUGUUGCACAAUAUAAUGAUACUAGAAAGAUGCUGAACAGCUUCCUUCCUCAUCAGCCAUUCCAGCCCCAGCCGAUGCCUGGCCCCUCCGCCUUCCCUCCUCCUGGUCCUCCCAUGUCAGCUGCUAAUUUACCAGGACCCCUACUACAGUCUUCGACAUCACCCCCCGGCGGUAUGCCCCCCAUGCCCAGUCCAGGGGUGCCACCAACAAGCUUCAUGCCCUCUACCUCUUUACCAUCAGGACCCAUGCCACCCAGCUCCCAGCCUGGAGCCCCGGUUCCCAUGUAUCCAGGGGGCCUCCACAGCCAGGGUCCCGUGCCCCCAAUGGCAGCUGGUCCUUACAAUCCAAUGGGAUCGGGCUAUCCACAGGGAGGCCCUGGAGCUCCUGCUGUGAAGCCCUUUCCUACCACUGCGGUUCCUCCACCUCCAUCUACAGGACCUCAGGAAGGCUGGAAUGACCCGCCAGCAGUGAGAGGUGGACCCAGGAAGAAGAAGGUCCCUGAUAACUACACUCCCCCAGCCCCUAUCACUGCUCCGGUAAUGGGCUUCCCAGCGGAGGCUCCACAGCACCACGACCACGCCCAGGUCCCCCCCGGGGCCCCGCAGGAGCCCAGCGUUCAGCUCCUUCAGCAGCUGCCAGCAGAGCGGGUGGAGCAGAAAGAAAUCCCCGCUGAACACAUGGUGCUCAAGUCUACCUUCGACAGUCUGGUGCAGCGCUGCCAGCUCGCUGCAGGAGACCCACAAACUAAAAGGAAACUCGAUGAUGCAGCCAAGCGUUUGGGAUACCUGUAUGACAAGCUGAGAGAUCAGUCGCUCUCUCCCAACAUCCUCAACGGGCUCCAUGAGAUCAGCCGCUGCGUGGCGAGCCAGAACUACCAGCGUGGCCUGGAGGUCCACACCCAGGUGGUCAGCAGCAGCAACUUCAGCGAGAUCUCAGCCUUCAUGCCCAUCCUCAAAGUGGUCAUGACCAUCGCCAACAGGCUGGGCGUGUAACCACAGGGAGGGAGGGAGAGGGGGGGCGUGCUCCGAGCAGACUUCAGUGUUAACAUAUUGUUCAUAUGUAUUUAUUUCUUUUUGACCCAAUGACGUACUUUGAUAAUGGGAAUAAUUACCAAUAAUAUUGCAGAUUGUGGUUUUCAUCGCUCCAUACAUAUUCCUUCCUAAAGACUCGGCCGAUUUUUGGGAAGCCAGGUGGAUUUUUUUUGUAGAGAUUUGUGAAAUGUUGCUGUGGUAAUUUUAAGAUGAGAUGAAUGUAUUCUGGGAGUUGUGAUUCUGUGUAAAUUCAAGAAUCGAUGUAACAUACGAAUCUAAUUAAGACGAGGCCGUGGUUUGUACAAAUAGGUGCGUUUUCAGUCCACAUCACACAUAUUUCAUAGUAUUGCAGAGCUCCAACUGGAGACAAAAACACCUUCGUUAUCCAGGAUUUUUUUUUUUUUUUUUUUAGCUCCUACACGUGGACUAGGAGUGGAAAUCAUGAGAAUAAAAAACCUGGGGCGCACUUCAGAUCUGUCGGUGUACUUUGUGAGCAGACAAACGGACCGAUACCGUCUUAUUUAUCGACUGUGAUCCAUGAAAACGCUGUAUGUAACAUAAAUACUGAUUGUUUUUCACCUGCUGUAACAGAUUAUGUCCAGUUAACUGUGCCAUGAGGGGUUUUGGGCCAAAGCACUGCAGAAGAAUGUCAUACGGUAAAUUUUGUUCAUUUUUUUAUCCCCGUGUUUUGUUUAUUUUAGCCCCGUUCUCUCCCGGUAGCUUGUGUGAAUGUGUGAUUUUCUUUUAAUUGUAACGCACAUGUUUCCUCUCUCUGACUGCUGAGUUCACAUGGCAGCUCAUGAACACAAAUGAUCUUAAUUUAUGUUGAAUUGACAAUGAAUUUACAUCCUCUUUGCAUCUUUCCACCCAACCUAUACUCCUGCCCCAUGUGAACUUUCUGUUUUUUCUUUUUUUUGUUUUGUUUUUUUUAAUCAUUCUAGUUUUAGAUGAUACCAUGAAUUUAGUGAACUGAUAAAUCUGGUUUUUCUGACGUCUGUAGCUGGACAUAAGCUGGAUAGUUGGGUGUCUCAUGGCAGCAAAAGGCAGUAAAGUGCCUCAGUGCUCACUUUGGUUGCACAGAUAUUUAUACAAUCCAUGUUGCUUACUUUACUCAUUUCAGUAUCUUUUUUCAAAUAAAAUUUUACUUCAGAUGUC